GGCACCUCUCUAUAAAACCCAGCACCUCCAGCCUUCCUCACUGUGGCCGUCUCAGACCUGCUUUGCUCCCGGCGUGCCGAGAUCUCCACCGUCCUCCAGACAUGAGGGUGCUCUGCGUGGUCUUUGCCGUGCUUCUGCUUUUCUCCAUGGCUGCGCCAGGGUACGGGCAGCCGAAGGGCUUUUGCGCAGGGUACUGCUCCUACUCGUGUGGCAAAACGGACGAGUGGACGUUCCACCAGACCUGCGGGAAGAUGUACUGCUGCAUCCCCCCUCCCAAAAAGGGAAAAUGAUUGCAAUGGAGAUCCCAGCGCCGCGUUCAUUGCGUGCUGGAGACGGUUUCAUUGCUUUCAAGUAAAUGUGGCCAGAUGCGAUU